GGCGCCGCCGCGGGCCCGGGCCCCGACGCGGGGACGGGGGCGGUUGCCGGCGCGACCGCAGCGCCCGCCGAGCCCCGGAAGCCGCAGGGCGUGAAGCGGCACCACCACAAGCACAACCUGAAGCACCGUUACGAGCUGCAGGAGACGCUGGGCAAGGGCACCUACGGCAAAGUCAAGCGCGCCACCGAGCGCUUCUCGGGCCGAGUGGUUGCUAUAAAAUCCAUUCGUAAGGACAAAAUUAAGGAUGAACAAGACAUGGUUCACAUCAGACGAGAGAUUGAGAUCAUGUCGUCCCUCAGCCAUCCUCACAUCAUCAGUAUUUAUGAAGUGUUCGAGAACACUGACAAGAUUGUUAUCAUCAUGGAGUACGCCAGCAAAGGCGAGCUGUACGAUUACAUCAGCGAGCGCAGACGCCUCAGUGAGAGGGAGACCAGGCACUUCUUCCGGCAGAUCGUCUCCGCCGUGCAUUACUGCCACAAGAAUGCCGUGGUCCACCGGGACUUGAAGCUGGAGAACAUCCUGCUCGAUGACAACUGCAACAUCAAGAUUGCUGACUUUGGGCUCUCCAACCUGUACCAGAAGGACAAGUUCCUGCAGACAUUUUGUGGGAGUCCGCUCUAUGCAUCCCCUGAAAUUGUCAACGGGAGGCCUUACCGAGGGCCAGAGGUGGACAGCUGGGCACUGGGCGUGCUGCUCUACACUCUUGUUUACGGAACGAUGCCCUUUGACGGGUUUGACCACAAGAACCUCAUCCGGCAGAUCAGCAGCGGAGAGUACCGGGAGCCCACGCAGCCCUCAGACGCCCGAGGGCUCAUUCGGUGGAUGCUGAUGGUGAACCCCGAUCGCAGAGCCACCAUCGAGGACAUCGCCAACCACUGGUGGGUGAACUGGGGCUACAAGAGCAGUGUGUGCGACUGCGACGCCCUGCGUGGCUCCGAGUCCCCGCUCUUGGUGCGGAUCAUCGACUGGCACCACCGGUCCUCAGGGCUGCAGGCAGAAGCAGAGACCAAGGCGAGGGACGAGGUCACGCUGGAGCAGCAGCGCUUGCUGAAGAAGUCCAAGAAGGAGAGCGGCUUGGGCCAGGCCGGCCCGGACUCGGUGGCUGAGGGCGCGUCCAGGCUGAGCUCCAAGCGGCCCAAGGGCAUCCUGAAGAAGCGCAGCAACAGCGAGCACCGGUCCCACAGUGCCGGCUUCAUCGAGGGCAUCGUGGGGCCUGCCUUGCCCACCGCUUUCAAGAUGGAGCAGGACUUGUGCCGGACCGCCGGGCCCCUGGCUGGCUCCCCCGAGGCUGAGGCGGGAGGACACUCGGGAACACUCGGCCCCAAGCAGUCGGCCACCAUGCCCAAGAAAGGCAUUCUGAAAAAGACUCCGCAGAGAGAAUCGGGCUACUACUCCUCCCCGGAGCGCAGCGAGUCCUCGGAGCUGCUGGAUGGGGACGACGGCACAGGCAGCGGCCCGCCUCCCCCGAGCCCCCCAGCCCCAGCCCGGGUGGCCUCCCACAGCCUGUCCUGCCACAGGAAAGGCAUCUUGAAGCACAGCAGCAAGUACUCAGCGGCCGGCAGCCCCGAAACGCCCACACUGGAAUCCCCGUUGGAGCCCGGCGUCCCCGCCGAGGGCCUGUCCCGGAGCUGCAGUCGGCCCUCCAGUGUGGUCAGCGAUGACAGCGUCCUGUCCAGCGACUCCUUUGACCUGCUGGACCUGCAGGAGAACCGGCCCGCCUGCCAGCGCAUCCGCAGCUGCGUCUCAGCCGAGAACUUCCUCCAGAUCCAGGACUUCGAGGGGUUGCACAACCGGCCGCGGCCCCAGUACCUGAAGCGGUACCGGAAUCGGCUGGCGGACAGCAGCUUCUCGCUCCUCGCGGACAUGGACGACGUGACUCAGGUGUACAAGAAGGCCCUGGAGAUCUGCAGCAAGCUCAACUAGCCCUGAGGGGCGCAGGGACGGGCGGACGGGUGGGGAGGGUGCGAGAGUCGCGCUCAGGCUGUCACCACGGGGCUGGCUGGCUUGGCUGAGUGUGGGGCGGGAGCCAGCACCGAGCAGGGGAACAGGCUCUUGCCAGUCAGACUUGGGUCAGACACCCGGUAGAGGUUGGCAAGGUGGUGUUGGCAGCACUUGGUGGGGAAGGGACUGGGGCGAGGGGUGUUUCCCCGGCUUUGCAUGAGCCCCGAGGGCUCGCCCCUCCUCCCUCCUCCUUGGCAACCUUGGUCUGGCUGCACGGAGCUUGGAAGGUGAUUUCAGCAACCUGAGCUUGAAUUGGCACUCGAUUGCUCCUGGCUCCUGGAGUGCUAGUUGGAGCCCAGGCCCAUCAGAGUGCUGUUAUCGAGUAGCAAUGGCGGCCAUGGGAUCGGAAGGGGGGGUAGCACUCCUGCCGUGUCCUUGUCAUCUCUGACCUGUCUCAGCCCUGGGCAUCAGCUGAAGCGGCCCAUGGGGUCUGUGUUAACUCCUUCUGCCACUAGGGUGGCAUGUGAGUGGGAGACACAGCCUUGGUGGGAGAAAUUGUGCUCUGAACUCCGCCAGGGACACCAGUCAGCCCAGGGUGGGCUUUGGCUCCUCGCUGUCUUCCACCUCCUCCUCCCUGACAUCGGCCCUGCUCUUCAGCACUGCCUCCGAGGGUGGAGAGGGGACGUGAUGACAGUGAAAGCUGUUGCAGGAGAGGCGCACACGCCCCUGUGUGGUGCCUGCACAGCGGAGAGGAUGUCGGCCUGUGCCAGCAAGGCUGCACUUUCCACAGUGCUGCAGCCUUAACUGGAGGCUGCCCCGGGGUCCACCCCUGCACCUGCUCGGACUUGGGGUGUGGCACUGUGCAUGGUCUGCAGAGGCCAGUGGCCUCAACCUUGGCCCAGCUCACUGCGAUGGAGCGGCUUCCCCGCCGGGCGUGGGCUCGAAGAGCUGUAGGAAUCUGCUGAAGGGAGUUAGCGCACAGGUGGGUGAGGAGCAUCAGAGAGAAGGUGCCCUGGCCCAAAGCCAGGGAUUCUAGAGCAGGGCUUGUGGGGGAGGGGAAGCUCCAUCUGUUUCCACAAGCAGGGUGUCAGAAGAGCAGGAGUGAACUGGGGAAGCUGGGGGGAGAGGAGCAUUUCCUUAGAAGUUGGCCAUGUGUUCUGGGGAGGCAGGAAGGAAGUGAAGCGGGGCUCUGAGUAUUGAAACCAGGUAUGCAGUGUCUGAACACCGCCUUAGAGACGUCAUCGCGUCCGGGAGGAUCUGGCCCCUCUGGGAUGACUCCACAUUCUACUGGCUUGAGCAAGUCCAAAGCCUUGUGUUGAGGGGCCCAGCUUCUGACAGGAGGACUGGCCUUGGGAAACCUUUGGAAAAGCCAGCCUUCUCCGGCACUCAGGACGUGUGUCAGGGUGCAGUCACCCCUGCCGUUGGGAGAUGCGCCUGUCCCCUCGCUGCCGGCUCCGGUGCUCCUGCUUCUGAUUCCUCAGCUUGAGCCAAGCACUGUUUUAUGGGAAGCUGCUCAGUUUCCUGCAUUCAGUUCCACCUCCUUCCUUAACUCAAGAGGGUCUAACGGGGAGCAAAAUCUGUAGAGAUCAGAUUGCGCUGGGGCCCUGGGGGCUCUGCAGGCUGCUCUGGGCCUCAGCCUGGGGGAGCCCCUGCUCCUGGCCUGGCUGUCCCGGCUCCUUGAGCAGCCUGCACCGCCACACUUCGGGCCGUCCGCGGCUGUCCAGUGACCCGGGGGUCACCCCUCCAGGCUGGUGGGUUUCCCUUGUUGCCGAGUGACUGUGUCUGCUCGGUCUGUCCCACCCUCCUAAUCUGCAGUGUCCGGAUUGACCUUUAAGGAAAGCUACUCCCUCCUCCCUCGGCCCAGACACCAGAUGGCCUCCUUUGUCACGCAACUCCACAGAUCGGAUCGGAUGGUGGUGAAGACAGAUUUGGAGAGGAGCCCUGGUCUGCCCUUAGGGCGCCUGUGGGCCCAGGUACCUGCGUUUUUCGGGGGGCUGUUUUCCUGUCGCUGGUCUCGGGCCCUGCUCAGUGCUGACCUUCUGCUGAUGUUGCUUUGCUUUAAGAUGUGAUGUUGAUGGUGCUUUCCAGGAAAAACUGGGAACGGAGGGAAAAGCCCUUCCCAGCAGCCUCUCUGCUCCUUCCUAAGCCCUGUCUCCCCUGCCAGGCAAUCCCCAGCCAAAGAGAUUAUGCUUGAAUCAUUUCCGUGGAAUUACAAGUGAGAGACUGUGGAUGGAGCAGGAGAGUCCUCGUCAGCUCUCCGGGCCCUUGCCUGGCCUCUGGGGGCCUUUCAGCGUCUUAGUUUACACAUCUGCCAAAGGGGUAGAAUUAACUGCUUUUGCAGGUAAAUGUCAAGGCACGAUCAGUUUUCAGGAAGUGCUUUGAGACCCCAGGCGACAUGAACAUGCUAAGUACCCUCUGAAUUUCCAUCCCUGUGACCAGGGGCUGCCUCCUCUGAAGACCCCGGUGGCAAGGGGCACCGUGCAGGGUGGAAUUCAGGCGAGCUCUGCCCAGGCCUGCUGUCUUGAGUACAAAUGUGAAUGGCUGACUGCUUGUUGCCAAACUGGAAAUGUUCUGUAGGGAUUUACUGGCAUGGGAUCAUUCCUAGGGGGACAAGAGAAAGAGAAACUUGACUGCACAUUUUUUUUUUAAAUCCGUGUUGUGACUUUUAUUUAAUUUCUAUUUUUUUGGUAAUAAAAAGUUGACUUUUUAAUUUGAAUCUGUCUUUUUUAUUUAUUGGUCUGAAAGGCAUUUCAAAGGUAUUAUAAUAAUAUAUUGGUGUAAUUUAAUUGGUGCAACAUGCUUUAUGGCUCCCAUCAAAAUUCGUUUGCACUCAUUUGAUUGGCUUGAGAACAGCCUACAGGGAAGCAAAGCUGGACAACCACCCAAAGUGUUUGUAUUUUCAUUGGAAAAUGAUUUUUCAUUUCUUUUUUUGUUUCUAUUUUUAUUUUUAAGUUAAAUAAAUUGCAAUGAACUGAACUGAA